CUGAUUGGUACUAAACCUGGACGUAUUCUAUUCCUUCCAAGCAAUAAAUAAGCCUGUGACCACCGAAUUAUCUUUGAUAGAAGAGCACCGUCGUACGUCGUGGCCACUCUCAAAGAAACCCUUUGAAGUCCCACAACCUGGAUCGCUACAACUAUUCUCAUAUUCUCCUAAUUAAUUUUGCUGCCAAACCCAAGAGUUUUGGCCCGAAGAUAUCUUCUCUGAGUUGCAGAUCGUAGGUGAGGAAUUCAUGCAUCAGCUUUAAAUAGCUUAUUAUAUACGAAGGAUUCUAGCUUAAAUUCGUGUGCAGGACACCCGAUCUACGUACGAUAUGAUCUCUCUUUUUCGAAUAUUAUUUUAGGCUAUACUCGUCUCAAGGCUUUUGCAUCUAGGGCUUUGAGUUCGAGCCUUCUGCUUUGCAAGCAUCGAAAGUCCGGUUUGAAGUUGCGGUUUCUCAACUUCCUUCCAAGCGAAUCUGAUCAGUCUGAAAAUGAGGAACGCUCUUCUUCAAUCGCUAUACUCACAACUUAACAGCUUUGGAAACAAUUACGAAGUACUCCAGGUGCCAAAUUUGGACGUCUCAAUGCAGAUUAAUAGCGAAGGGAAGUCCAAAAUUUUCAACAAUGAAGACCUGCAGCUGGCAAAUGGAUAUGCCUAUGCAGACCCUUUUCGGUCCAUUGUUGACUAUAGCUAUCAAUCAGGUUAUCAAUCUGGUGACUUUAGCUCUGCCGACAAUGUACCUGAUCAGCAGUCAAUGUUGCUAAACAAGCAACCUUCUUUCCCACCUGAAUUUGAAGCCACGACAAAUGCAAGGAAACGUCCAAUUGAGGGCAAUGACGUCUUGUCCAAAAUGGGAACCGAUAUGGUUCGCAACGUGAAGACAUUGAAUGAGUUGAAGAAGAACAAAAGAAACAAGGUGAUCACGACCUCUGAACAAAAGUGGCAACACGUAAGAAGAUCAGCAUCAAUAAUAUUGGAUAACGAAGCUGAGCACAGAUUUCAUGUGCCUGUACCGAGGAGAAGCCAAAAGCUCAGUGACCAGAUCACAGCUCUUCAAAAGCUGGUCUCCCCCUACGGCAAGACUGACACUGCAUCAGUUCUUCAAGAGGCUUCUGUUUAUAUCAGGCUACUACACGAACAAAUUCGGAAUCUAUUUCAGACGCUGAGUAGCUCAUACAAAAGUACUGUUAGAGCUGGUCAACGACAGGAAUUAAUUGGAGAAGAAAAGCCAGACUUAAGGAGCAAAGGGCUUUGCUUGGUUCCUGUAUCAUUAAUUACUCAGAAAGUCAAAUUUAAUGGAGAUCAGCCUCGUUGAUUAGUUCAGCAGAUCCAUCAUGCAUAGCUAGCUAGAAAUGUGUAAUUCUAUACCUAUCAUGUUUAGCUUCACAGAGGCAUGAUAUUUUUCUUUCCCGAUCAUGAUCUACCAGCUUAACUUCAUUCACAGCUAGCUAAUCUUUAUGCAUGAAAAAGAAUGCGCUGGCAUAGUACGUACCAUUAAUGCACCACCAUUUCAUAUUUGAGGAAAAAAAAAAAUUCUACACAUUAUAUUAUAAUCUUAUUUUCAUUCCA